UAUAUAUGACUCCGUCUGGUUUGUCAGAGGCAAUAGUCUGAUUCCGUUAUUUGUAUAUUGGUGCCCUGGUGUCAUGCAGCCUUGGGAAGAAAAUAAACUACCACCUAAUGCCACCCUUUGAAGUGCGCAUAAAGGCGUUUCCUAAAGCCACCCAAUCAGCUCUCUCGGACCUGGGGGGGACAAAGCACAAGAGCUCCAUUUGUUCUCCAUUCAAAUAAAAGAGAAAGUUGCAGCACACCGGCUCAAAAUAAGUAGAUCUUCUUCUUUGCUGGCUAUCCUUAGCUAUAUCGAAAUGGUACAUUCAUUAUUGUGGCUCCUACCUCUCCUAUACAAAAUGACUCCGGGACAUGCCUGGGUUGCAAGUAACUUUCUUAUGACGGGACCCAAGGCCUAUCUCACCUAUGCAAGAAGCGUGCAGGUGGGCGCACAGAGUGGGAUUGAUGAGUGCAAACACCAGUUUACUUGGGAUAGAUGGAACUGUCCGGACAGCGCAGUCCAGCUCAGAGGACUACGACGCGCCACCAGAGAGACGUCUUUCGUCCACGCCAUCAGUGCAGCAGGGGUCAUGUACACUCUGACCAGGAACUGCAGUCUGGGAGACCUCGACAACUGUGGCUGUGAUGUCUCAAAGAACGGGAAAAUUGGCGGACGUGGCUGGUUAUGGGGUGGCUGUAGCGAUAACGUGGAUUUCGGGGAAAGGAUUUCCAAACAGUACGUGGAUGCGCAGGAGACAGGUCAGGACUCCAGGGCUGCUGUCAACCUGCACAAUAAUGAGGCCGGACGUCUAGCUGUGAAGGCAACAAUGAAGCGCAUCUGCAGAUGUCAUGGCAUGUCUGAGAGCUGCAGCGUCCAAACCUGUUGGACACAGCUGUCCGAUUUCAGAGACAUUGGCAACUAUUUGAAAAUCAAGCACAGCCAAGCCCAAAAACUGGACAUCGACAAAAGGCGUAUGAGGGCUGGCAACAGCGCGGACAACCGAGGUGCCAUCGUGGACGCGUUCGGCAGUAUCUCCCAGACGGAGCUCGUCUACCUGGAAGACUCUCCAGACUAUUGCAGGAGGAACAGCAGCUCGGGGCUGUACGGCACCGAGGGCCGGGAGUGUGUGCAGCACGGAGAGGGUUUGACCCAGUGGGAGAGGAGGAGCUGCCGCAGGUUGUGUCAUGAAUGCGGCCUGAGGGUGGAGGAGAGGCGCACGGAGGUAGUGAGUAGCUGCAACUGCAAAUUCCACUGGUGCUGCAAGGUGAACUGUGACGACUGCUCUCAGGUUAUAGUCAAACACGUGUGCGCCAGGAGGGAAAGUGGUGAGGGACAUGGCUUUAGACGGAGAUAUCGUGGACCCAAAUAAUAAAGAUUUCAGUCUUCAUGAAAGUCUGUGAAAUAAGGGCCAGAUUUAGCUGAGAUUAAAUGUCUAAUGUUUGCACUUUUGUUUUAUUUUUCAGUGUUGUAUGUCUAUUUAUGAAUACUGUUUGUUUGAUUGAAAAUAAAUGGUUGAACUGGG